AUGUCGGGAUACGUGAGCCGGGAUUUCAAUUGGCUGCACCUUCUGCUGGCCAUGUGUUCUCUGCUGCAGGUGACCCUCUGCCAGCCGUAUCAGCUGCCCCACCGCUGCUCCAACCGGCUGGAGAACGCGCUGGAGCACAUGCGACGACGCAGUGUCCAGACCAAGAGCUCCUCCGCAUCGCGAGCCAUGUGGGAGCCGCCACCGCAGAGUCCCUACCAGUUGUACCACAGUUUCUACGGCCAGCACAGCGAUCCGGAGGACGACUUCUACAAUGUGGGCACCUACAGCAGCGGACGUGGCUAUCACGCCAAGCUCCUGCGCCGCAAUGGACAAGCCCAUCCCUUCUCCGACUCGAGCAGUGCUCUGGAGCUGGAGGAUUUGCUGGCGGUGAACCAACAGAGCCAGCAGCACAGGCAGCCCCACAAGCUGACGAUUUCCCGGGUGGAUGUGGAGGAUCUGAAGGUGCGAGUGCCGCCGGCGAAGGCAGCCAACCGUUGGGUGGAGAUCGACAAGUGCAAGUUCAGCACGGAGAACUCCACGCUGGACACCCGCCUCAUCUUUCCGGAUCUUACGCUCAGUGGCAAGGUGGUGAUGCAGCCGAUGGGCGGAAAGUGCCACAUGAUCUUGAGACUGCGACACGCGGGCAUCGAGUUUCGCACAGUUCCACUGGGAUCGGGACACUCCUCCAACUACGAGCAGUCCCGCAGAUUGGGAGCCGCCUCGGUGCGCACGGAUUCCCAUUUCGCAGAGCCCGGUUUCAUAUCCGUGUUUGCUCACGGAUGCCAGGGACCCACUGGGAUCCGGUUGCGCCAGAACUCCAAGCGGAGAUUCGGCAGUGCUCCGGAAGUGGAACUGGGCGAACCGCAUGUGAUUCUGGGCAGCAAGAGGCCCCAGAGGUGGGGCAAGUACCAUCAGCAGGCGGGCUACGAUAUCCGCCAGGAUCGGGUGCCCCAAAGAACUAAGGAACACAGCCUGGAGCUGGGCAGCGAUAGCCAGGCCCAGGACUCGGGUGAGUUCAUCGAUGUGAACGGGGACAACUUCUACCGGCGGCAGUUUAGCAAAAAGAGGAGACGCCGGCGGCGCUACGCGAAGGAGAGCUUCGAGGACCAGGUGAACUUCGGCGAGGAUGUGCUGCACUUCGAGGACGAGCAGCUGCAGCAGCUGGUGGAGCCGGAUGCCAGAGCCUUUGCAGAUAUAUUCAGCGGCAGUGGCUCCAGCCCCAGCGGAGAUCGUGAGGAGCUGGUGGGCGAGGCCAUGUCCCACGAGCUGGAGAAGCUCUUCUCCAUGGGCGUCCGUGGCCUGCUGACCACCUACAUGCAGCGGGCUCUCCAGCCGGCCAUCAAGGAGACCCUCAUGGAGAACAUGGGCUACACCCUCAGCUAUGGCUAA